GUUGGUUUGCCACUCGUCUUCUAAACGCAUCCUAAAACAAGUUGUACAUUUUUUAUACGAAUAUUUUUAUAAGGAAAAUAAAAUUAAUAUGAAAAAGUUGGUUCAAAAACAAUAAAGCGCUAUGGCUCUCAUAUUGGAAGAAAACGGUAACUUAUUGAACAUUUUUGAUCAGGAGAGAUUUAGCUACAAUAAAACGAAGAGGUUAUUGACUGAUCGAGAAAAUAAUAAUUUAAACGUUACGCCAUUGGGUAAACGUACUGCAAUUUCAAUUGAGGAAUAUGGUAGAGCUCUUCUUGGGAAGAAGAUAGUAAAUUCACCUAUCAAACUUAGCGAAAAUGUUGAGAAUCGCAUGAGGAAUAGUUUACCUCAUUCUAAACGAAGACGAUUUUUUAAUCUUAACCGAUUUUGGAAUAACGGCGGUGCGCUUUACAGAAGACUUCAGAGGUGGGAAAAAACCUGGAUUUUGGAACAUAAUCCGGUUUACUUUGACGACAUUAUGGCGGCUGAAGCGUUUGACGUUUUUGCCGCCGACGAUGAAAUGUUGCAUAGUAACAACGAAUCGAUGACGAGCUUCUCGAAUCCAAACUAUACCCUGCACGCUGACGCCUUGAAUAGUAACCUACCGGAUGUUCAUACAAUUGGCAUGAAAUCGCCAGAAAGUGAUGAUAGUACAUUCACAUCUCCGACAACCGGAGAACAGCGCCUAGUGCGAGUACAACAUUCUAUUGAUGAUGAGGAUGAGCAGGGUAAUCGAGGUUUUAGCGGCUAUUAUUCCUCCAUCGCCUUCUCGAAGGAUCCCAUUAGUAAUGACAAUACCGGACGGAAUACAUACGAUUCAAUCGUUAAUUCGCCCGACUCAAAUGAUAGUGGGAUUCAAGCUGAUUCUAAGCGACUUCCAGACGGUUGGGAGAAGCAUGAGGACGAAAAUGGACCUUAUUACUGGCACGUAAAAAGUGGUAAAAUACAAAGAGAUAAACCGUCCGAAGAAGAGGUUUGCGUCUCAGUCGAACAAUUAGAUCAAGCUCUGGCCAAGCAGUGUUCCACAACUAAGGAAACUAGUAAUGAAACACGAAGAUGCCAAUUAUCUGAAUCGAAUGAAACUGAAAAACCCGUUCGUUAUGCUGUACGGUCUUUAGGAUGGGUUAGAAUGCAAGACGAAGACUUGACUCCGGAAAGGAGUAGUAAAGCGGUGAAUAAAUGUAUUGUCGACUUGUCGUUGGGCAGGAAUGAUAUAAACGACGUUGUCGGACGUUGGGGAGACGGAAAAGACUUAUAUAUGGAUAUCGAUAUGGAAUGCCUAAAGUUAAUUGAUCCUCAAGAUACCACUAUCGUCAACGUUCAACCUAUACAUUCGAUAAGAGUUUGGGGAGUUGGACGAGAUAAUGGAAGAGACUUUGCUUAUGUAGCUCGCGAUACGUCCAGCAAAAGGCACAUGUGCCACGUUUUUAGAUGCGAUACGCCUGCCAAACAAAUCGCCCAUACUUUACGAGACGUUUGCCGAAAGAUUAUGCAAAAACGAAAAUUUGCUCAGCAACCUUGCGGUGCAGGUUCGGCCAGAAGGCCGAAUAAUUUGCCGAAUCUGGCCGAUAGAGAAGGUGCAACCGGAUGUCAUGAAUCAGCCAAUUUUGAUGCCGUCUACAGAGCUACAAGAUUUCCAACUCCAAUGGAGGAGCCUAGAAAGAUGGUUAAGUGCCACUAUUUGGGUAAUUGCCAAGUGGCAAGACCAACAGGCAUCGAUGUACUUAACCAAGCAAUGGAUAAACUGUUAACAACAGUACCUCGAGAAAAUUGGCUAUUAGUUGCGGUAUCUAUAGCACCGUCAACAAUCACCAUAGCGGACAGCGCAAAUAACGAUCACGUAUUAGCCGAAUGUCGAGUUCGUUUCUUGUCCUUUAUGGGCAUAUCAAAAAAGAACAUUCAAGUGUUAGCUUUCAUAAUGCAUACCGUUCAAGAUUCAUUUAUAGCCUAUAUUUUCCACUGUGAACCGACUGCUGGUCCCCUUUGUAAAACUAUCGAGGCGGCUUGUAAAUUACGAUUUCAAAAAUGCUUAGACGCCCACCCACAUACACCGGACGGAAGGGCUAAAGCCGCUCAAGCUUCUAGACUGCAGAAAGAGAAGGAGAGAAGAGAAUUAGACGCUCAACAACCACUAAACGUCUUAGCGAAUAAACUAGGUACGAAUGUCAAUGGAAUUCUGGAAAAGGCCAACAAUAUAAAGAUAGGAGGAUUUGGAGCUAGUAUUAAACAAGGAGUUCAAACCGUCCUUGGUAAAAUUGGAAAGUCUAAAUCCAAAUCUGAAACCUAA